AUGCUUAUCCUCCCUGCCUCAGAACUUCUGGUAGUAGUCGCAGGUUUCCUAAUAGCCUUCGUUUUGGCCUUCGGCAUUGGAGCGAACGAUGUAGCAAACUCUUUUGGAACUAGUGUUGGAUCAAAAGCUAUCACUCUUCGUACCGCCUGUGUUCUUGCCAGUAUCUGCGAGCUGGCUGGGUCUAUUCUCAUUGGAGCGCGGGUCUCAAGCACAAUUCGAAAAGACAUCAUCGAUAUUAGCCAAUUCAACGAUUCUAUGAAUGGGAAUGAUCUCAUGUUGAAUGGUCAUCUAUCUGCUCUUGCAGGCAAAGAAUGCAUACCUUAUCUUAAGACCUUGUACCUUCCAGGAUCGUGCAUUUGGCUGUUACUGGCGACUCUUUUCAAACUUCCCGUAUCCGGAUCUCAUAGUAUUGUUGGUGCAGUAAUUGGUUUCAGCCUGGUUAGAUUUGGCACGGAUGGAAUUAACUGGCGUAAAGUUGGUGAAAUCGCUGGAUCGUGGUUUCUUUCACCAGUGACUAGUGGUUUGGUUUCAAUUUUCGUCUUCUACUGCAUCAAAAAAGUGGUUCUUGAAAAGGAAAAUCCCCUGGAACCAGCUCUGAUGACGCUACCUUUUCUUUAUGGUAUAAUUAUCGCCAUUAACACCCUCGUGGUUGUAAUCGAGGCCCUCAGUACAUUUGGAAUAACUCUCCCCCUCUGGGCCAUGGUCGUGUCGCCGAUAGGCGCUGGUCUGCUAACUGGUCUCUUUGUUUAUGUAGUAAUCAUCCCCAUCCAACGGAAACAAAUUCUAGAUUAUAUGGCUACCUACCAUGACCCAAAAUCAAAGCUUUCAAAGGAGUUGAGUUGUUCUGACAAAUUCAAGCGAGCUAUCAAAAGUGUGUGUGGAAGAAACGUAUCUUCUAUGAGCAAACAUGAAUGCCUAAAUGUAGCUGACCCAGGUAAGAUUAAUUAA